UGGUGUCCUCCAUGAAAGGCUUCUUUCAUCGUUACUUUCUUUCUUUUCUUAAACGAGACGGAAAACCAUCAAACUUGUUGUCUCCAAGAAAUCAAUCUGUACAUUUGCUGUGUAUAGAAAGACUCUAUAGAACUUGAAACAAAUGAAACAGGAUCAAAAAGUAAGACCGAAAUUCACGUGGAUUGGUUUAGUAGCUAGGGUCUACAAUUACAUUCCAAAUCCCAAUUUGAUAUCCAAUAUCAUUUUAGGGAUUGCAUGGCUUUUUCUCGUUUUCCUCUGUUGUGGUUGCCUCUCUAAACCAGCUACUUUCUCUAGAAUCUUACAAAUUCAAUCUCCCAAGUCCACCGUGGAUGUUGGUUUUUUUGGCGUCUGCAGUAAGCCUUUUAAUUCUACGGAAAACACCUGCCAUGAACUUCGUCAUUGGAAUCCUUCAAACGGUAUGGCCUACCAUGCUGCUCGCUUUGCAUGGCAGCAAGUACAUCCUGUAUUGCUAGGAAUGGUUGUAUUCGUGGGGACAGUUUCGAUUGUGCUCACUAUAUUGAAGUACGUCUUUCCCUCUAAUAUUCGACAAUGGUCCAUCUGCUGUCUCUUCACCAGUGCAUCUGCUUGUUUAUUGCUGGCUCUUCAGAUGGGUUUGGCAAAUAUUUCUGUAAACUCUUACAGCGUUGGACUGAACUUGACUCACCAGGCAGUAUCUAAAGUUGGCAUACCUAGUGCCGUAUUUGGUUGGAUUUCCAGCAGCUUCUUCUUUUUAUUUUCUGUUUUACAUCUUGGCUUAUGGACAAUUGAAAGAAACAAAUUAAAAUUAUUAGAGGAAACUGCCCAAACAUUCAACCUUUAAACGACUUUGUACUUUUAAAUUCUUAAACGUUUAAAUUAUUUCUUAUAGACUUUUAUUGUUUUUACGUUAUCUGCUUCUCUGUUGCUUGACGAUUCUACUUUUGGAUAUGACGCGAAUAAUUUUUUAUUACUUUUUUCUAUCAUGACUGGGUGUUUUUUAGAAUGUUUAUAAAACAAAAAAUA